AUGGAGGCAGAGUCGGCAUCUCUUACCUCCGCGGCACGGAGAGACGUGCAUGCGUCCACGGCUCUCGGCGAGUCUACCAACAAAUCUGGAUAUCCUUCUCGGGUGGUCUCGUUCUCAGCAGGUUCUACGACGAAAAACGGGGGAGCAAGCAGCGAGGACGGAGAAAGGAGUGGUUGUGUGGGAAGCCCGAGAGAAGCGUCGUCGGGUCCACUUGCGGAGGUUCUCGAGAAGGCAAAAACCGGGGCUCGCCGCAUACUUCAGCGCCUGUGCACUUGUCAAGAAGAAGUAGACAAAGCCAGCAUAUGCGCCGCCAGGCUGCUGUCUGACGAGCCUGCUGACGCACAGUCUGUGUUCGAAGACGGGGAAAAGGAAACUUCGGUGGGCCAACCAGGGAAGUGGGAACAACAGGCCCUCCUUCACGAAGCCUUGCAAAGGCAAAUCGAUGGCCUAAGGGGCUACGCGGAAGCUCUGGAGCAGUUGUCGUCGAGCCUGACAGCCACAGUGGCCAGAGCUACGGGGGUGUUUGCUUCCGUUCGCAAGGGCGCGCAGGCGGAAGACUCGCAGAUUCUGGCGCUUGGCGCGAUAGUCGCCGCCACGUGCGCUGCGUCUUCAAUCGACGAAAGCGACUUGUCAGAUAACGCAGGACAACUCGCGGGCUGUAGUUUCGUCCAGUUGCUCGAGACUCUGACUGACUGCGAAGAUGAGACCGCGCGCGCUCUCGGCGCAGCUUCCUCGAAGACCCGGACUGACGCAGCUGCCGUCGCUCUUGAAGAUCGUUUUCAGUCGUUGAAGGAGCGUCUCGAAGACAUUGAAGCACACGCGGAGAGGCGCGCCGACUUCGUCAUUCGCUGGACGGGGCUCUUUGUCGACGGUGCCGCUGAGGUGGAGAAGAGCCUCGGCGAAGCAGCGCCCCUCGUGGCGCGUGGAAUCGCCUGGGAGAAACACAUCGAUGCCCAGCUAGAAACGGGGCAGAAAGAGAAACGCGCGCUCGAACUCCGCCUCAACAAGGCGGGCCGAGAUGCAGACCAGGUGGCAAGUCGCUUGAAUGAGAAGCGUCAGCAGUUCCUGCUGGCGAUCGAAGACUGGACGACGGAACGUCUGGACCAGCUAACCAAGGAGGAACGCACGCAGCGACUGACGUUGAGGAUCGACGCUCUCGAGCGGCAGGUGCGCGGUCUCGCUGCUUUCUCUCCUCUCUUCAUCGUGGAGCGAACGCCGAAAUACGUCACGCUUCAGUACAAGCCUCUCGGGAGCAAGACGGACUACGAGAUCUCGAUCGAGGGCCUGGAGCUUUCUCUGGACGCUCAGGAGCCGCACGCGUACAAGAUCUCUUCUUUCUUCAGCGUCCGAGUGACGCCGCAGCUCGUCUGGUUGGAGGAGCGGCUGCAGGCGGCGAUCCGCGACUACUUCUCGACGGCCUGUACACUGGCGCACAGUGAAUCCCUGCGGAGCGCAGCGCAUGCGGAAGCCGGUCAGGGCGGGUUCUUCUCCGGCCUGGAGUUUGGAGGGGAGGCUCGGGGAGACAGCGGUGACGCUCGCCUGCGAACCGUCUACGAGUUUUCGCCCUACAACGUGGCGCAGCAGGAGCUCUUGAACUGUGCCAAGUCCGGCUUUUCUCGGAAAAGGACCAGAGAGGAAGGGGAGAGAGGACGGGGCGCCGAGACAGGGACGGGCCACGGGUGGAGCGACAGAGCCGGAGGGCGGCGAAGACUGCGCGGCGGCGAAGAGCGGAAGACACACCAAGUGAAGAUCUUUGCCGAACACAUUGCAGCGAUCGUCUUGAAGACCUUGACGACAGCCUUCGCUGCGCGUCGAGCAGGAGAAAGCCCGCGGAAAUAUCCUCCCUACAACUUUGUAAAAAACGCGUGCAGAAGACGCAGCCUGGAGGACCGUACGGAGCUCGUGACAAGCGCAUAG